AUGUUGUGGGGGAGAGACAGAAUCAUUGGCAAGACAGCUGAGAGGGACAAAGAGCAGGACUCAGCAGCAGUAAAAGACAAAGGACAGACACCUGCUGACUUCAGCCGCAUCUACAGCAAAGACCUGCUCCCAGCUCCAGGUGGUGAGGAGAUGACCAGAGGGUUUCUGCAGGAGCUGGUUAACAUCCUGUUAGGUUAUAUCAGCAAGUCAAGUCAGCGGAGCUCCAAGGUCCUGGACUUCCAUCAUCCUCACCAGCUAAAGGAGGAGUGCUUCACUCUGGACCUGCCCGACCAACCAGAAACUCUGGAGCAGAUACUAGUGGACUGUAAAGACACACUUAAGUAUGGUGUCCGUACAGGCCAUCCCCGCUUCUUGAACCAACUGUCUUCAGGUCUGGAUGUGGUUGGUGUAGCAGGCGAGUGGUUAACCUCUACAGCCAACACUAACAUGUUUACGUAUGAAGUGUCCCCUGUUUUUGUCCUCAUGGAGGAGUUUCUGCUGAGGAAGAUGCAAAGCAUUGUGGGAUGGUCUGACGAUGUGGGAGAUGGAAUCUUCUGUCCAGGAGGCAUGAUAUCCAACCUGUACAGCAUCCUGGUGGCCAGAUAUCACUUCUACCCGGAGGUGAAGACCAGGGGGAUGGGAGUCCUGCCUCAGCUGGCCCUCUUCACUUCAGAACAAAGUCACUACUCAGUAAAGAAAUCUGCAGCGGUGCUGGGGAUGGGCAGUGAGAAUGUGUUCAUGGUGAAAUGUGAUGAAAGUGGGAAAAUGAUUCCUGCUGAACUUGAGUCUUCCAUUGUUACCGCGGAAGAAAAGGGUUUGGUUCCAUUCUAUGUGAAUGCGACAGCGGGCACAACGGUGUACGGAGCCUUUGAUCCUCUCAAGGCCAUAGCUGACAUCUGCCAUAGACACACACUGUGGAUGCACGUUGAUGCAGCGUGGGGGGGAGGCCUGCUGAUGUCAGACAGGCACAAGAUAAAACUAGCGGGCAUUGAAAGAGCCUGGUCUGUAACAUGGAAUCCUCACAAGAUGAUGGGCGUCCCACUGCAGUGCUCUGUCAUACUAGUCAAGAAGAGAGGUCUCCUACAGGAGUGUAAUGAUUUCGGGGCUGAGUACCUUUUCCAGACAGACAAAAACUACGAUGUGAGCUAUGAUACUGGGGAUAAGAGCAUCCAGUGUGGCCGACAUGUUGAUGUCUUUAAGCUGUGGCUCAUGUGGAAGGCAAAGGGCUCCGAGGGCUUUGGAUCUCAGGUGAACAAAUGCUUAGAGAAUGCUGAGUAUCUGUAUGAUCAGCUGCAGAGGAGGACAGACUUUGAACUGGUCUUGAAAAAUAAACCGGAGCACAGCAACGUGUGUUUCUGGUACAUACCUCCAAGUCUGAGAGGCCUGCCACCUGGACCUGACAGAGACGCAAUACUCCAUCAGGUGGCUCCUCGGAUCAAAGGCAGGAUGAUGGAGAAGGGCUCUGUCAUGAUUGGCUAUCAGCCUUUGGGAGAUAAAGUCAAUUUCUUCAGAGGUGUGUUCUCCAAUCCCGCCACCCAGCAAGAGGAUGUUGACUUCCUGCUGGACGAGAUCGCCCGGAUGGGCGAUGACCUAUGA